UGUAAACACAGAAUGUAAACAAAUGGCCAACGACACCGUCUCAAGCAAGAAGUGGUAUCAUGGAUUACAUCAUAGUCAGGAAAGAUAGAUAGUGUAAGGCCAUUGGAAAGCAAACUGUGUGAAUAACCAAAAGAAAGAAUUAAGAAGAGGAGGACCUACGAAGCGAUACAGGCCAAAAGAAGAGGAACUACAGACGAAGGUUCAGCAUAUGUAAAGUUGUUUUAGAGUCAUGACAGUUCUUUCAACUUUGGCGAGGGGGCUGCAGCAUGGAGGCCGGCGGCUGCUGCUGGGAGAGCAGCACAUUGUGUCCGGACCCCCAGGAAGACUACCUUGGCGUGGGCUACGGCAGCCUCGCAGACACAAAAGGGAUGGUGGAAUGAAUCUUGCUCCUCAGUCAUUUAUGGAAGCUCCCAAUGAGAACAAUAUGGGAUCUGGGUUACUUAAGAGUUUUUUGUUUACCGGCACCUUCUGUGGAGCAACAUUUGUAGGGGCCACAAUAUGGCAGUAUGAAUCAGUGAGGCAUGCCCUACAGCAGAGCUCCUGGAAAACCUGGACUAAAAACGGUUGGGAUAAUCUACAGGGUUGGCAGCAUAAAGAAGGAGAAUUUCGUAAGGCAAUAAAUACAUGGUGGAAUAACCUUAAUGAGGGCCAAAGGGUGUUUUGGCCUAUAUGUCUUGUCAAUGCCAUUGUGUUUGCUUGUUGGCACCACCCAGCCUUGCAGUCCACCAUGUUCCGUUACUUUUGUUCCAAUCCAGCUGCCCGUGCUGUGUGCUGGCCCAUGUUUCUUUCUACUUUCAGUCACUUUGCACUUAUUCAUUUUGGUUUAAACAUGUAUGUGUUGCACAGCUUCAGUUCAGCUGUAGGUCAGUCUCUGGGCAAAGAACAGUUCUUGGCCAUGUAUCUGAGUGGGGGAGUUGUGUCGUCUUUGGCCAGCCAUGCCUUUAAGGUGGCCCUGCGCUGCCCAGGUCCUUCGUUAGGUGCUUCUGGAGCUAUAAUGGCAUUGCUGGGCUACUUUUGUACUCAGUAUCCAAAUGCACAGCUAAGUAUUGUCUUCAUUCCAGGCUUUAACUUCUCGGCAGACUAUGCAAUAAAGGGUAUCAUGUGUUUGGAUGCAGUCGGGAUGGCCAUGGGCUGGCGCAUGUUUGAUCAUGCUGCUCACCUGGGUGGAGCUUUAUUUGGACUCUUAUAUGCUCACUUUGGUGCAAAAUAUAUCUGGCCCAAAACUGAGCCCCUUAUGAAAAAGUGGCAUGAACUAAGAACGGAAGUUAGUGAAAGAAUAGGAGACAGUAAACGAGGAGAUAAAUAGUAGGCAGUGGACAUUGAGUUCUAUUCUACCUCUCCAUACACUUACAAUAGUCAGAAAUGAGUGACUUCUUCAUGAUUUUGAUAAUGUGGAAAAAAGAAUAAAUGAUUGUAAAAAUCAAACAAAUAAGCAGUUACUGUAUAAAGAUGAUGUGUCACCCUUACCUGUUUGUCAUAAGUGAUUCUAAAAUGACAGUUUCAGCAGUGGGAGCUCUCACAAGACUAAUUCAGUGAUCACAUUUCAGAAAGGUUAUAUUGUUGUAACAGGUUAAUAUUGUUUAUAUGUACAUAUGUAUAUAUUUUAUACACAAGUUUAUCCUUCAUUGUAACGGACACCCCAUUUCCUGCAUAAUGAAAGCAGAUAUUUAUGAUUUUUAAUAGAAAAAAAAUAUGAAAAGUUAUCAUCAGUUACAGAGUACUUAAAGGAUACCAGAUCUUAAGGAAUGAUGGCUGUGAUGAAGUAUGACUGAAUAAGCUCAUAUUAUACUCUGAAAACUUCUCAAAUUUAUCAUCAUGGUUAACAGUAAUUAUUGCUCCCCUACCCAAGUUGAUUUUAAUGACUCUAGCUCUGUGUUCUUUUAAAAGCUUUUGUUGUUUUGAUCAUAACUGUACGAGAAUUUAUUUUAAAUUUAGCAGGACCAUGCGAGCAAGGCUGUCUUAUUUCUUGAUAAAUAUAUUCAUAAUACGUUCUGUCAAUUUAAUGUAACCAAACACUGCCAGAAUUUGAACAGGUAUAUCUGCUUUAGUCUUUUUGUUUUUUUUACUUAGCAUUAGUUGUUAGGAAUUGUUUGGGUUAUUCUGAUGGUGCUGAAAAUAGAGAGUUAGAUGAUAAUAAAACAUUUAUUGUAAGUAAAACAA